UUUGAAUUAGUACGCGAAGAAUAUUACCAAAGCAUUGUUCGAGGAGACUAAGCUCACAUAUAGAUUUGUGCUAUCAUUAAAUAUGUUUAUCAACAUAAUUUACUGGUAUUUUUAAGAUUUAAAACUAAACUAGGAUGAAUCCACAACAAAAUUUAAAUAUAGAGCCGUCGAUGGUGUCGGAAUCGGGUCAUAUACAAACCCAGUACACGGCAUUUCAAAACUUUGAGCAAUACACCGCGGCUGGAUAUUCAAAUGCACCCUUAUAUAUAUCGAAGCCAGCGGGCAUGGGGACCAUUCCUCGAAUGGCGCCUCAUUGCUCUACAAUUGGGUCUCAAAAUAAAAUAGAAACCACUUCUCAAGAAGUAUCAAUUCCCGGUAUGGAGGGUCAUGCAUUAGUACCGACCGUAAGAUACAUUCAAGCUCCACAAUUUGAUGAAGGUGCCGAUUUUGGUAUAUCUGGUUUACCGCCCUGUGGCCUAGAACCUCAUUACACAGAUGAGCAAGUAGGUCCAUAUGGCUUUACUACAGAAGCUCCUUAUGGGUUGCCGGGUGUAAGUGCAAAUAUGAAACAAUUUGCUUCGCGGCCAUUCGACAAUAACCUUAAUGGGUCCGAACCAGCUAUUGACUCACAAUGUAGAUCUUUUGAGGGUCAAGCUGAUUUCAAAUUAGCACCAUUUGCCACAGGUUCAUUGAACACUGCCCAACCCAGAAUUGGUGAGAAGGAGGAUUUCAUUGGGGGAUCCGAUAGUGAUCUGUGCUCAACAAUGAGAUGGCGUGAUCCAAACCUUUCGGAAGUGAUUAGCUUUCUUAGCAAUCCAAAUAAUGCUAUCAAAGCGAAUGCUGCAGCAUAUUUGCAGCAUUUAUGUUACAUGGAUGAUCCAAACAAGCAGCGCACAAGGACGCUUGGAGGAAUACCACCUUUAAUUCGAUUAUUGUCAUACGAUGCACCAGAAAUUCACAAAAAUGCAUGUGGAGCCUUGCGCAAUUUAUCGUAUGGUAGACAAAAUGAUGAAAAUAAACGUGGAAUUAAAAAUGCUGGCGGAAUAGAAGCAUUGGUGCAUCUUCUAUGUCGGUCUCAAGAGACUGAGGUUAAAGAAUUGGUAACUGGAGUAUUAUGGAAUAUGUCCUCAUGUGAAGACAUUAAACGGUCAAUUAUUGAUGAAGCGCUGGCUGCUAUAGUAUGUAACAUUAUUAAACCGCACUCUGGAUGGGAUCCCAUCUGUUCGGGAGAGACAUGUUUUUCCACCGUAUUUCGAAAUGCUUCUGGAGUGUUGAGAAACGUUAGCUCCGCUGGAGAACAUGCCCGAGAAUGCCUUCGAAAUUGCGAAAACUUGGUGGAAUCACUUUUCUACGUAGUACGAUCGUCCAUUGAGAAGAACAACAUUGGAAAUAAAACAGUGGAGAACUGUGUUUGUAUACUUCGCAAUCUCUCCUACAGAUGCCAAGAAGUUGAAGAUCCUAAUUAUGAUAAACACCCAUUUAUUAUUCAAGAAAGAGCCAUUCCAUCGUCAUCAAAAGGAGAGAACUUGGGCUGCUUCGGAACCAGUAAAAAAAAGAAGGAUUCCGCAUCAAAUGAGUCGCAACAAGACUACAUAUUUUCAACAGAAUAUUCAAAGAGUACAGGAGCAAGCAAUCCAACUGGCAAAGGAUAUGAACAGCUAUGGCAACCGGAAGUUGUACAAUAUUACCUAUCUUUGCUACAAAGUUGCUCAAAUCCCGAAACUCUUGAGGCCGCAGCUGGUGCAAUUCAAAAUCUUUCAGCAUGCUAUUGGCAGCCCAGCAUCGAUAUUCGAGCAACUGUGCGCAAAGAGAAAGGUCUUCCGAUACUCGUGGAGCUAUUGCGAAUGGAAGUUGAUCGUGUCGUUUGCGCCGUUGCGACAGCGUUACGCAAUCUGGCCAUCGAUCAACGGAAUAAGGAAUUGAUUGGCAAAUAUGCAAUGCGCGAUUUAGUCCAAAAAUUACCAUCGGGUAACGCUCAACACGAUCAAAAUACGUCGGACGACACCAUCACAGCAGUAUUGGCAACCAUUAAUGAAGUCAUCAAAAAGAAUCCAGAAUUUGCACGAUCACUUUUGGACGCCGGUGGCGUUGAUAGACUAAUGAAUAUCACAAGGCGCAAAGAACAAUAUACAACUUGUGUUAUAAAGUUUGCUAGUCAAGUUUUGUACACAAUGUGGCAGCAUCAUGAGCUGCGUGAAGUCUACAAAAAGAAUGGUUGGAAGGAGCAGGAUUUUGUUAAUAAACAUUUUGCAGCACACAGUACCCCGCCAAGUUCACCAAAUAAUGCUAACAAUACUCUUAAUAGACCAAUGGCAUCUCAGGGACGAACGCGUUACGAAGAUCGAACAAUCCAACGUGUCCCGAAUCCUUCUUAUAGAAAUAAAGAAGCAACAGGAGCUGCUGUCAUGUCCAACAACGAUACAGCAUUGUUGUCGGAAAUGGUUCGAAAACAAUUAUAAAGUGUAUAUUGUUUGUUAAUUAUUUUAUUAGUUGUAGAUACACACACACACACACAACCUAUUCAACUCUUGCAAUAAUUAAGAGCAGAGCUUGCAAAUAAGUUUCGACACAAAUUUGAAAGCAAUCCCCUCACUCAAAUGGAAGAAAAAAAUGAAGCACUCUCUAAAUUUUUGAGCUCUCAUCAAAUGGGAGUCUACAGAUAAGCAAAUUGUAUAAUGGGUCUUUUUUUACAUUAUUUAAUAUUUAUUAAUUUAAAAUUUAAUUAGAAAAUAUGCUUUUAAUGUAGUGAUUUAGAAUAAUUAAUUAAAUUAAUAAUCUUUAAAUACAUCCCGGUGUUUGGCUAUCAAAUGCCUCCGCAUAAUAGAUGUUUGGUCCAUUUGAUUCAUUUUUAAAAAUUCGAAUUUAAAGUAGAACCGCAUUUGUACACACAAGAUUCAUUUUCGUUUCAAGUUGUCAUUGCCUGAGCAAUUGUGAAAAAGAAAAACAAUUAAGUGUGUCUUUCCCCUUUUUUUUCUGGCAGUAUGAAUGUGUCGAGACUUUUUUGUGAGCUUUGAUUAAGAGUCGACAAAAUAAUUGUGGUUUUACUGGGGCUUUAUAAUUUUUCUAAGGUGAUUAUGGGUAAACAUAUUCAUUAUCAUAAUGAGAAUACGCUAUUUCUGUUGGCUCAAACAUUUAUUUGAUUUCGUACUUUAUACAAUAAAUAUAAAAGUUGACAAGAAUGGGCCGAAAAUUCCCAUUAUAAGUACAUAUCAACUCUAUUUAAAAUAAAAUCAAACUUUUAUCCGAUUGUCUUUUAACAAAUCAAGCAUUUUAGUUAAUGUAUUUUAACCUUUUUGAAUAUAAUAAUUUCUUGGUUGGGUUCUACAAUCUACAAACCAUUAAAUCAUAAGUUUUGUACUCUUCUGAAUGUUCAGAGAAAAUCUUUCUCAGAAGUCUAACAGAAACCCCAGAAAUGCUUAGAAUAUUUAUAAAACCCCAAAAGAAUAAUUUUUCUGUUUCCUUAUGUUAUUGUAUUACAAAUUCAUCGUUUCUUUAGUGUAUGCGUUAAGAUUUUAUAGCAUUGAUUAAAAUAAUUGUAAGAGGUGUAAUUAAUUCACACCUAUUAUGUGCAUUUGACUACAAAGUAAAAUAAGAUCAUUCAUGAA